CGAAAGGGUAUAUAAGGACGUUUUGACCUGCCUUGAUCUGAUUCCUAUUCAAUCAACAAGAAAACAUUAUAGAGGCUCACUGUUCACCUUGCAAAACGAAUUUUACAAACAACAUUCAAUCAAUCAAUCUAUCUUCAGCAAAAAUGCAGAACGAAUACGGUCAGGGAACAUCCCACGCCACUGGCGGCUCUAAGGUCCCCCAGGGUGUGCAAGAUAGAGCCCCUCAGGGUCUUGAGGAAUCCUUGCCCAACAAGCUUCACGACACUGGCUCCGGAACUGGUCGUCAGACCCACGCUCUCAACGAGGGCGAGGAGUCUAUUGUUCCCAAGGGCCUCCAAAAGGCCGUGCCUGAGAAGCUCGAACGCAUGUUGCCUAACAAGAUCCACAACACCGGCGACGAAUAAACGAAUGAUGAUCCGAUUUAUAUGACCUAGGAAUGGUUGGAUAUGAAGCAUGCUUUUUAUAUAUUAGUUGAUUGGAUUAAUGAUAACAUUGAUGACUUGUUUUAAUUCUUAUUCAAGUGAUGGUCAAUUUACAUUAGGG